GCAAAAAUUUCGCAUUCAAUGAAUGAAGAUCGGUCUCACACUGAGGAGCUGCCACUCAGUUUCCUCUUCAAAAUUCUUCUAUAAAUCAAACCGUUCCUUCUUCCCCUCCCUCUCAGAUUCAGCUUUCAAUCAGAUUCUAAAACCCCAUUUUCCUUUCGAUUUUCCUUCUGUCUCUUCGUUUCGCCACUCCUGUUUUGUAUUGUGAGGAUGUUGGAGAAGAUGGAGGAGUUUGAUACGGAGAAGGUGAUAGAGGAAGUUGAGGCAAUGAGUAAGGAAGCUGGGAGAGUUCAGAGAGAAACUCUCAAAAGAAUUUUGGAAGAAAAUGGAUCUUCAGAGUACUUGCAGAAUCUGGGGCUUAAUGGAAACACAGAUCCUGAGAGUUUCAAGGCUUGUGUUCCGAUUGUUACGCAUGAGGACCUGGAACCUUACAUUCAGAGAAUCGCGGACAGCCACCACGCCUCAAUUCUCACUGCAAAACCGAUCACAACCAUCUCGUUAAGUUCUGGUACUACUGAAGGGAAACCGAAGUUUGUUCCGUUUAAUGAUGAGUUGGUAGACUCUACAAUACAGAUAUUUCAGGCAUCUUUUGCCUUUAGAAACCGAGAUUUCCCAAUUGGGAAAGGCAGGUCCUUGAUGUUUAUUUAUGGCAGCAAGCAAUUCAAGACUAACGGAGGUUUAACAGCUGCUACUGCCACGAGUAAUCUCUACCGAGAUCCGAAAUUCAAGAGCACAAUGAAAUCAAUCAUGUCCAUGAGCUGCAGCCCGGAUGAAGUCAUAUACGGUUCUGAUUUUCACCAAUCACUGUAUUGUCAUUUGUUGUGUGGUCUUAUCUUCCGAGACGAAAUUCAGUUGAUAUUCUCAACGUUUGCCCAUAGCAUUGUUCACGCAUUUAGAACGUUUGAACACAUCUGGGAAGAGUUAUGUUGUGACAUCCGAAAUGGUAUUCUCACCAGCCGAAUCACCUCGCCUUCCAUCCGAGCAGGGAUGUCGAACCUGCUGAAACCGAAUCCCGAAUUGGCAGAUUUGGUGUACGAAAAGUGCGUAGGAUUGAGUACUUGGUAUGGACUAAUACCCCAACUCUUCCCUAAUGCAAAGUACAUAUAUGGAAUCAUGACCGGAUCGAUGGAACCAUAUGUCAAAAAGUUGAGGCACUAUGCAGGAGACCUGCCUCUGAUGAGUGCUGAUUAUGGUUCAUCGGAAGGAUGGAUCGGUGCAAAUAUAAACCCGAAAUUGUCUCCAGAAUUCGCCACUUUCACUGUGCUUCCUAAUAUUGGUUACUUUGAAUUCAUUCCGCUUGGGGAGAUCUCCGAGAACGAUAAGAGUCAAUCGUCUUUAAUCUGUAGUGAGUUGAAACCAGUGGAUCUUACUCAAGUCCAAGUUGGUAAAGAGUACGAGAUUCUCAUCACCAGUGUUGCAGGUAUGUAUAGGUAUAGACUUGGAGAUGUUGUCAAGGUCACAGGCUUCUAUAACUCGACCCCGGAACUCAAAUUCGUCUGUCGGAGAAACCUCCUGCUGACGAUCAACAUCGACAAGAACACGGAGAAAGACUUGCAGAUAGCUGUUGGAGAGGCCUCGAAGCUAUUGGCAGAGGAGAAGCUUGAAGUUGUCGAUUUCACAAGCUAUGUGGAUCGAUCUACAGAUCCUGGCCACUACGUUAUCUUCUGGGAGAUGAGCGGUGAAGCUUAUAACGACGAUCUUUUGAACCGAUGCUGCAAUCGUCUGGAUACUUCCUUUGUUGAUGCAGGCUAUGUUAGCUCUCGAAGAGUCAAGUCAAUUGGCGCGUUGGAACUUCGGGUGGUUCAGAGAGGAACUUUCCAGAAGAUUCUGGAUCACUUCCUGUCGCUAGGAGCCGCGGUCAGUCAGUUCAAAACACCCCGAUGCAUCGGUCCGGCCAACAAUAAGGUGCUUCAGAUAUUGUGUAGUAAUGUUAUCAAGGUCUACUUCAGUACAGCUUUCCAGUAAGAGCAACAAGAAGCUGGAAGAAACAAUCAAAACAUUAAUCAGAAUGUAAAGUUACAAAGAAAAAGGCUGAUUUUAUAGUUUCAAUGAUGCCCUCAAAAUAUAUUAUUUGUUUUGGAGAAAUGAUUCUUCAUUUUUUAUUUUCAAACAGAAUUAGGACUAAAGACAUUUCGAAAAUAGUUGAUAAAUUUGAGGGCACUUUUGAAAUUUCAGAACUCUUGAUCAAAUCAAAAUGUACUAAUUCAAGGUCAAAAAGUAAACUAAGACUUACUCAGA